GAGCUACCUCAGAUGAGAUGGUGAAUCACCGAAACCCAAGUCAACCAUUUGGCGCCAAAGCCGCCAAGGGCUAGCUAAUAAUCCGCUGCCUUCCAAGUUUCAACUACUGCAGUUAGGCAGCCACCUUCUUCCCGCCUUUCUUUCCCUUCCUCGUAUCUUCUCCAGGCUCCAGCUACGUACGUACGUACUACACCUGAUCGGCCCCUGUUCACCAUAAAACCCACGGCAUUGUAGCAGACGUUGCUAUCAAUAUGGUCACCACCACCACACCCGCCCCGUCGCCACCACUGCGCUUUCGGCCGCCACGCCACCAUGGCCAAACUGCUCAUCCCAAUCAUCAUCAUCAUCACCACCUUUCACGUCGUCGGUCUCGUGCCGAUCGCUGUCGCCGCACGACCGCACGCAUUGGCCGACGCCGACGACCGGGCGGCGCUCCUCGCGUUCCUCUCCGACGUGUCGGCGGACCCAGGCGGCGUGCUCGCGGACUGGGGCCGCUCACCGGGGUUCUGCAACUGGACGGGCGUCACGUGCGGCGGCGGUGGCCGGAGCCGGCGCGUCACGCAGCUGGUGCUGAGCGGGAAGCAGCUCGGCGGAGCGGUGUCGCCGGCGCUGGGCCGGCUGUCUUCCGUCGCGGUGCUCGAUCUUUCCAGCAACUCGUUCGCCGGCGCGAUCCCGCCGGAGGUCGGCGCGCUGUCGGCGCUGACGCAGCUCAGCCUAGCGAACAACCUGCUCGAGGGCGCGGUCCCCGCCGGGCUCGGUCUACUCGACAAGCUCUACUUCCUCGACCUCAGCGGGAACCGUCUCUCCGGCGGCAUCCCGGGCGCGCUCUUCUGCAACUGCUCCGCGCUGCAGUACCUGGACCUCGCCAACAACUCCCUCGCCGGCGGCAUUCCCUACGCCGCCGGCUGCCGCCUCCCCAGCCUCCGGUACCUCCUGCUCUGGUCCAACGAGCUGUCCGGCGCGAUCCCGCAGGCGCUGGCCAACUCCUCCAUGCUCGAGUGGAUCGACUUGGAGUCCAACUACCUGGCCGGGGAGCUGCCGUCGCAGGUGUUCGGCAGGCUGCCGCGGCUCCAGUACCUCUACCUCUCGUACAACAACCUCUCCAGCCACGGUGGCAACACCGACCUCGACCCCUUCUUCCGCUCCCUGAGCAACUGCACUCGCCUGCAGGAGCUCGAGCUCGCCGGGAACGGCCUCGGCGGGCGGCUGCCGCCGUUCGACGGUGGGCUCCCGCAUGGACUCCGGCAGCUCCACCUCGAGGACAACGCUAUCUCGGGCUCCAUCCCGCGCAACAUCUCCGGCCUCGUCAACCUCACGUACCUCAACCUCUCUAACAACCUCCUCAACGGCUCCAUCCCGCCGGAGAUGUCGCAGAUGCGCCUGCUCGAGCGGCUGUACCUGUCGAACAAUCUCCUCUCCGGCGAGAUCCCGAGAUCCAUCGGCGAGAUACCGCACCUCGGCCUCGUCGAUUUCUCCGGCAACCGCCUCGCUGGAGCGAUCCCGGACACGCUCUCCAACCUGACGCAGCUCAGGCGGCUAAUGCUGCACCACAACCAGCUCUCCGGCGCCAUCCCCCCCAGCCUCGGAGAUUGCCUGAACCUGGAGAUCCUAGACCUCUCCUACAAUGGCUUGCAAGGCCCGAUCCCGGCGUACGUCGCUGCCCUGAGCAGCCUCAAGCUCUACCUGAACCUGUCGAACAACCGCCUCGAGGGGCCUCUCCCUCUCGAGCUCAGCAAGAUGGACAUGAUCCUGGCGCUCGAUCUGUCCGCGAACAGGCUCGCCGGCACGAUCCCGUCGCAGCUCGGCAGCUGCGUCGCGCUCGAGUACCUCAACCUCUCGGGCAACACGCUGCGCGGCGCGCUCCCGCCGUCCGUGGCGGCGCUGCCGUUCCUGCAGGUGCUCGACGUUUCGCGCAACGCCCUGUCCGGACCCCUGCCCGCGUCGCUGCUGGUGUCCACGUCGCUCCGGGACGCCAACUUCUCGUACAACAACUUCUCCGGAGUGGUGCCACGCGCCGGCGUGCUUGCGAACCUCUCGGCGGAGGCGUUCCGAGGCAACCCCGGCCUUUGCGGUUACGUUCCCGGCAUCGCCACGUGCGAGCCGCUGCGGCGUGCGCGUCGCCGGCGUCCGAUGGUACCCGCCGUCGCUGGCAUCGUCGCCGCCGUGUCCUUCAUGCUUUGCGCGGUCGGGUGCCGGUCCAUGGUGGCCGCGAGGGCGAAGCGAUCGGGGCGCCGCCUCGUCGACGUCGAGGACCAGGCGGAGAGGGAACACCCAAGGAUAUCACACCGGGAGCUCUGUGAGGCGACCGGUGGCUUCGUCCAGGAGGGCCUGAUCGGCGCCGGCCGCUUCGGGCGCGUCUACGAGGGGACGCUCCGCGACGGCGCGCGCGUGGCCGUGAAGGUGCUGGACCCGAAGGGUGGCGGCGAGGUCUCAGGCAGCUUCAAGAGGGAGUGCGAGGUGCUGAAGCGGACACGCCAUAAGAACCUCGUCAGGGUGAUCACCACCUGCAGCACGGCCAGCUUCAACGCGCUCGUGCUGCCGCUGAUGCCGAGAGGCAGCCUCGACGGCCUCCUCUACCCGCGGCCGCAGGGGGACAAUGCCGGCCUGGACUUUGGCCAGAUCAUGGGCAUCGUGAACGACGUCGCCGAGGGGAUGGCGUACCUGCACCACUACGCGCCGGUCCGGGUCGUGCACUGCGACCUCAAGCCAAGCAACGUCCUCCUCGACGAGGAGAUGCGCGCCGUGAUAUCGGACUUCGGCAUCGCGCGGCUCGUCGCCGUCGGCGAAGAAGCCAUCAGCACCAGCGACGAGUCCGCCCCGUGCAACUCCAUCACCGGACUGUUGCAGGGCUCUGUUGGGUACAUCGCACCUGAGUAUGGAUUAGGAAGGCAUCCUUCGACGCAGGGCGACGUGUACAGCUUCGGCGUGAUGCUUCUGGAGCUCAUCACAGGGAAGAGGCCAACGGACGUGAUCUUCCACGAGGGGCUGACGCUGCACGACUGGGUGAGGCGGCACUACCCGCACGACGUCGCCGCCGUCCUCGCGCACGCGCCGUGGCGGGAGCGGGCGCUCGAGGCGGCGGCGGCCGAAGUGGCCGUGGUCGAGCUGAUCGAGCUCGGGCUCGUGUGCACGCAGCACUCGCCGGCGCUGCGGCCCACCAUGGCGGACGUCUGCCACGAGAUCACACUGCUCAGGGAGGACCUCGCCCGGCGCGGCGGCGGCCGCCGUUCGCUCUCGACCAAAGACUCGUCGCUGUUCUCUAACUGAAGCACCCAAUGCUACGGAUUGUUUAGGAUAAACUCAUUAGUGCAUGCACGCACGCGCCGCCAGGAAACAUCCUGUACGGCGUGCUCUGCCGCGCGCUCCUCUACUGCUUUCCGUGGUUACGGUGGGUGGUGGCUGGAUUCGAUCGAUCUCGGUCGUCGUCUCUCCCACCUCCGGCUAGCUGCCACCACCAUUGAUUUGUUUAUUUCCAUGGUUGGGAGUCGCCUACUGCUGAGCUAGUAGUGCUGAUUCUUUGAGUUGUUAAUUGCGCGAUGGAGAAGGCACUCGAUUCAUCUUUGCUGUUGUGCUGCAAACAUGUCGGACUCCAUUAGCGGUGGCGCGGUGUAGGAAGCGAAAAGGCUCUUGAGUUAGGUCAUUAUUCAGGUGCUCGCGAUCAAUCAUAAACAAACCCCCAGUAGUACCCGACCGACUGGCACUGUUCGAUGCAUCUGAUGAUCAUGUAUGAUUGUAAUAAUAAUGCCCUCUUCCCCACCAACAUUGCAGGUAUACUGCUAGCUGUUUGAGAUUA